AUUUAUUAAAAUCAACUAAUUAUGGAAUAACUAUAAACUGGUAAUGUAUAAACCUCAGUACUGGAAAUGAUUGUAAAGAUUCUUCAAAUAAUUUAAUUGUUUCUCCAAUUACAUAAAACUUAUAAAUUAGUAUAUAAAAGAAUGUUUUAUAGCCUUAUUAAUAAUACUAAUUUAAAACAUCAGGAACAAAAGACAGUGUAACUUCGUUUGAUUAGAUAGCAAUAUUAAUGGUUGAUUAUUUUAUUCCUCCUGUUAAUCCUAGUAUUUCUAUUAAUAAUUCUUAAAAUACAAUAAAUUUAAAUUAAGAAAUAUUUAUUUAAUUUGAUUUUCAAGAAGAUACAAAUGUUGAUGACUUAAUAAUUACAGGGGCUAUUUUAUAUUAGAAUUAAUAAGUAAGUAUAAUAUCAAUAAAUUACAUUUAAUUUAGAUUUAAAGUUUGGGAAUAUUUCUUCGACUUUUAAAAUUAAAAUUAAUUUGAAUUAAAAUUUUCAGUAAGAAAUUCCAAUUUUAUAAUAGCAACAUUAAUUUCCUAUUCUUUAAAUGCUAAUAUACCUCCAUAAGAUUGUAUUUUUGAUUAAACUACAGGCUUUAAAGUUAGAAAUAUGUAAGAUAAAUAAAUUCUAUAAAUAAACGGAUGUAUUGAUAAUGAUUUACCUUUAACUUAUUCUUUCUAUUUUUAUAAAAACUAAGAUGAUUAUAAUAAUGAAUUAUUAAAUGCAUAAUAUGUUAAUAGGUAAUUGUUAUCUGAUUUCUCACCAAAUAAUAAGAUUGAAACUGUUUUACCUUUUGGUGUGUCCUUAAUUAUGGCAGUAAUAUAAGAUUCGAAAAGAGGAAUAAGAAAUAUAACUUAAUAAAUUACAGUAAGCCAAUAUACUUAAGAUAGUUCUUCAUAUUAUACAUUUAUAAAUAAUUGGUUUACUUAAACAUAAUAAGAUAAUUUAAAUCAAAAUAAAAUCAUUAAUUAUAACAUGAUUAUUUAUGAUAUUAUUAAUCAUGUGAGU